UCAUGUGAGAGACUCAACUCAGGUGGGCUGCUAGAAGAGACCCUUGGAGAUAGUUGCAGUAGUAGAAGUCCUCUUCUAUGAGAGGGCCCUGUAAAAACAUGGAUCGUCUGUACUGAGGGCCCCCCAGUCCAAGAAACUGCUGAACCAAGGACACAAGCAGUGACCGCACCAUGGUGGCUGAGGAGGUUAUCAUCACUCUUUCUGGAGGAGCACCAUGGGGCUUCAGACUACAAGGAGGAAUAGAACAUCAGAAGCCUCUGCAGGUUGCCAAGGUGCGUAAGCGAAGUAAAGCAUGUAGGGCCGGACUGCGUGAGGGAGAUGAACUGGUGUCCAUCAAUGAGAAUUCCUGUGGGAGUUUGUCACAUGCCCAGGCUAUGAACCUGAUCGACAGCAUGCCAGGAACACUACACAUCCGGGUUAGGAGGGCACCGGCUGGCUUCCAGUCUGUGGUUUUGGUUGCUCGAGCUCCUUCUCCCCGCAUUGAUAAAGAGUACCGUGCUGCCCUUAGGGCCAUGUCCCCAUCCAGUUCUAGAGCUUACCAGCCCAGUGUACACCAAAUCCACCACGGGGCCCUGAUGUCCCCGACUGGACGCAGUGGAUUGACCUCCCCCCCUGGCAGUGAGGCUUACUAUGGAGAAACAGACAGUGAUGCAGAUGUGGCAGCCCACGAGAGGCAACGCAAGCCGAAAAGACGCAGUCCCAGCAAUUCACCCGCAAAGGCUGGUAGAGUCUCACUGGAGGGAGCCGAGACUUCUGAGAUGAGCGGAUAUGACAGUGCCUCAGAUGCCCAAGUGUACCUUCCUGUGGGGCCUUAUGAAAGGGGCGAGACAUUGCCUGGUGUAGCCCGCAGAGAUGUGAUUUGCCAGCAUCCUCCAUCUGGAGCCUGGUCCUCACAGACCUCCACCGAAAACUCAUCCAUGAGUGCGGAUGACCAAAACCCACGAGAAGGGCUAAUGGAAGAGGACAGUGGGUUCCAGGAGCCCACAAAUCUUCCUCCACUUGUAUCUCCAGAGAGAGCCAAAGAAGCUCUAAUGCUAAGCUCUCGUUGUCAGUUAGUGCCCAUGGUUGGGCCAGUUGACAAUCCGGUGGAUGAGGAGCUUACAUUAACAUAUAUGGAUAAAGCAAAACAAGCAAAAUUGAACCGUGGAGAGACAAUCAUAGACAAACAGGUGAAAGAGGCUCGAUCCAAGUGCCGCACAAUCGCCUCGCUACUGACUGAUGCACCAAACCCUCACUCAAAAGGUGUGUUGAUGUUCAAAAAGCGUCGUCAACGCUCCAAGAAAUAUACACUGACCAGCUUCGGAAGUGUUGAUGAAGACAUGAGGCAGGACUCUCAAGAAGAGGAUGGUGUAUUUGUUGGAAGUGAAUCAGAAUUUGAUGAGGAAGGGUUUUCUGCUGCACCAGAUCCAACGUGGGACAGUGACUACCUUGAGAUGCUGGAGAGAAGAUCAGCAUCCAGAGGUCUGGAAGUAGAGGGUGGAGGUGCUCUCAGUCCUGGUCUGAGUGAUACCUCAGGGAAGGGGGCACAGUUGUUUGAGCAGCAGAGGAGGAGGGCUGAGGAACAUGCCAAGAAAAUGGAAACUGCUCAACAGUUGCAAAGCCAAAUGCUGGGCAUUGUGCUGAAAGAGACCCAAGCACUUCAGACACAACAACCACAACCAGACCCACUAACAAAGACCAAUGUCCAGGCACCACCAGUUGCUCCAAAACCUGCAGAUCCUUCAAAAACACUACAUAAUGAAUUUCCACACCCAGAAACACAAAUUAUCCUUGAAACACCUCAAGCUAUCCCCACUAUUCCUACGAUGGUUUAUGGAGAUACUUCAAACACAAUGAAACCAGCUCCCUCUGUGUUGCCCAUAACUAAUCUCUCAGUAACUCCUGCAGAACCUAUGAUGCGUCCACCACCAACUCCUCUGCCAGAACUUCCUUCCAGCUCUGUGUUAAACCGAACCGCCAGACCUUUUGCCCCAGGCUGUAUUACCAAUCGGGCAGCCACUGCUCCUGUUGUGUUCCACCCUGCAGUCAGUAAGAAGACACCCAGGCCUGUUUCAGUGGCUGUCGUGGCACCUCCAUUUUCAACAGCAUCAGAGGAGCAUGUCAUGGGUGUCACUCCGCCCUCCUUUGCUACCCUGGUCACAGUGAGCCAACCGAGUGCUGAUGUGCCUGCUAAAAGGAUACCCACACACCCCUACAUGCCUGGCAAGCAUAUACCUGCACCUGUGGAAUCAUAUUCUCAAACUUCUCAUCACUCCUCUUCAGUGGAAAACAUUAAUGUUCCAUCAAUUCCACUUCCCAUAGUUCAAACCAAAGAACCUACUUUUCCCAUAGAUACUGAAACAGCUUUGCCUGCUCCUCCUGCAAUCCAUAUUGACAAUACUGUGACCUCUGUGGCUUCUGUUAUGCCUCUUGACAUUCCUCAGCCCAUAGUGUUACCAUCCCAACAUUCUUCUACUUUGACCCCUGCAGCUCCUGUGACCCUUUCCAGCCCUGUAACUCCACUUUCACCUGUGGUGUAUCAUGAUAAAACUUCAGCCACUGGUGGCCGUACUGGUAUUCUCCAAGAGGCCCGCCGCCGUAGUGCAUACAAGCCAAUGUUUAAGGUGCCUGACAGCAAGAAGAACUCACCAAACCCUGAGCUAUUGUCUAUGGUGCAGAACUAUGAUGAAAGACCCAGGUGUGUGUAUUCUGAACCUGAAAAUGUUGCCCAGAACAUGGAUGACAACAGGACAAGGGUCCCACCACCUGUGGCUCCUAAGCCACGGGUCAUCCCAGAAAUGUCCCAUAUCCCUCAGGCUGAAGGGAAAGGUGCAGAGCUAUUUGCACGUAGACAGAAUCGGAUGGAUUUUUUUGUUGUAGACUCCCCACCUCUGCAGCAACCUCAACCUCUUGGGGCUCAACACUCCCAAUCAGUCAUGGAUCUGAUCCAACCACGUGAGCCCUCAACAACCCCAUCCCAGUGGAAAUAUUCUCCCAACAUUCGUGCUCCUCCACCCAUUGGUUACAACCCCCUACUGUCUCCCUCUUGUCCUAUCGGGGUGCAACGUGGAGGGGCCAAGGUGUCUGAGGGAAGCUCCAAAGGAAGUAAGGGUGGUAAUGUGUUCCCAAAAGAGGGUAUCAAAGCCUUGGACUUCAUGAGGAGACAACCCUACCAACUGAACUCAGCAAUGUUCAGUUUUAACACACAGCCUUCAACCCCCUCCUACCAAAGGCAACAGAGAGAGGGUCAUACUCUGACACCACCUAAGCAGAUUCCAGUGAAGUCAACACGUGUGUAUGAAAUUAAACGAUUCUCCACUCCCACCCCAAUGUCAGCCCCAACUCUUAACCCCACAGUUAUUGUACCACGCUCAAAAACCACGAUCGGUGAACAUCUGUCUCAUUCUGACAUGACAUCCCCACUCCCUGCACCUGCUUCACCCCCUCCACCUGAACUUGUACCUGAAUCCACUCCGGCACCUUCACGGGCUCCGGGCCUCCCAGAGCUCCCCAAACUUUCAGCUGUGCUCAUCCCUCACAUGAUGCCCUACUCACCCCCAGCCCCCAUGUCAAGUAUGUCAAGCCUAAGCUACUCUGGGCUCCAAGCUGCCAAACAGUUUACGAGUGCCCCUGAGUUAAGUGCCUUACCCCCAAACCCUUUAAAGUCUCCCAUUCAAGUUCCCAAACCUCGUUUUAUUGCAACACGAGUGGGCAUUCAGCCCCGUGUCUGGAGACCUGGAACCCUACCUCACUGACGUGAUUAUUUAUAUUGAAGAAGCUGAACCAUCUGCUUUUGUUCCACUCUCAAAAUUCAUGCUUUUCAAAUUUGAGUCUUAAUAUCCAUUUAAUAUAUCCUGAAGGAAAUUAUAUUUUUCAUUUCAGAUUAAAAGUGAUCACUGUUUGAGUCAGUGAUCAUUGGGGAAAGGAAAACAGCACAGUGGUGAAUUGUUAGUUAUAAAAAUAUUCUCUGUUUAGUGUUCAAUAUAAAUAUCUGUCUCUUCAUAACGUUGUUACAUUUUACAUUCAUUUUUGCUUGAUUUAUUGUAUUGCUUGCAAGGCAGCCCUGUUUUGAUAUUCCUCAAACACUCUAGUUAGGGUUUAUUCUAAAACCCCAACCCUAUAAAUAUUAAUCCAUAAAUCUAUUUUUGUUUUGGUAAACUUUAAACUUUUUUGAAAUAUCUCCUAUUGACUUUUCAUUUUUUUCAAUUUAACAGACAUCGAUGACAUAGUAAUAUUUGCAAAUAUAUUGCUAUUGGUCUUCUUUCUUACAACAAUUUGCAUACUGAAUUGGUAUUUCUUGCAUGUAUUUAACCAUCUAUAGCCACUGCAAAGACAGUAUAGGAGAUGCAUGGUCAUUCACCCAGGAUUUGUUUUUAAAAGUUGGACAGGCAAAUGUCUUCACAGACCAGCAAUUAAUAGCACAGACAGAACACAAGAACAUGUCCUGUGUGAACAGCCUCUUAUGUGUUGAUUCUAAGUCCCAUGACAACAGCAAAAAUGGUCAUGAUGAAGCAAUUCAUGUAUGCAGAACCAAAGCCUAAAACCUAAGCUAAACUAAAUCUAUAAUGCUAUUCUUUUGCUACCUUGCAAGCACUACUAUUUUCUUGAGGAAAUGCAAGUCUAGUUUAGAUCAUUGUUGUUUUGUUGAGUGUUUUUUGAAAACUAAAAAUUAACUUUUAAGCUAAAUUAAGCAGUAUUGAUUCUGAAACCUGAAAAGUUCAUUAAUAUAUUUUAAAUCUCCAAUGUAGUGUGUGAAAUCCAACAAGUUCUACUGUGUGUGUAAAACAAUGGGCAGUUGCUGGAACAGAAAGAUCACAGAUUAUUUCUUUGCCUCUGACUGCUGGACAACAGCAUUACACAGUACAGUGUUUGCUUUCUAAAAGGAAUGACGUCGCAUGUAGAAAACUACAUUCUGACAUGGCACCCAAAAAAGCAUUGCGCAUGGAUUGGACUGACAAGUUUAACAAUUACAUAUGAGUUUUGACUUGUCUUUGGUGAACUUGGGUCUAAACCUGGGUCUGUCUGACACAUUUAAGAAUGAAACUAAGGAAAAAAGGAAAUUGUUUUGCAGUGUGCCUUCCAGCCUCCCUCAGGCAAAUCAGAAAUGUUAUCUCUCCUGGCAGAGCCUGAACUGAACAGGUGCAUGAGGGUCACAGCCUAUUUGUGGGAGCAAAGUAAACAGGGAACCAGGCUGGAUUAUUUAGAUGUGGUCUUACUGGAUUUGCAGUGUUCACCUGCAGUAUAUAAAACAUACGACAAUAAAGGAAUAGUUCAUCCAAAAAUGAAAAUUACAUCCUCAUUUACUCACCCUCAUGUUGUUACAAAUCAAAAUUAAUUUCUUUAUUCUCUGGAACACAAAAGGAGACAUUUUGAACACUGCUUUUUCCAUGCUCUUUUCCAUGCAAUUACAAUGAACGGGACUGAAGCGUGGUAUGACCUGUGUGCUAUAUUCUAAGAACACAUAAUAUUGCUUUGUUUGAGAAACUUGCUAUUCACUUAAAAUCUUGACUUUUAGUCCUUCUUGGUGUGAUCACUUGAGUUCAAGCAAUCUGAAUGAUUCAUUCACAGUUCUCAAGUAUAACUUUAGAAUAUUUCUGUCAAUUUCUCACACAAAGCUUUUGUAUGACUUCAGAAGACUUGGAAUGCAAUGCAGUAGUCCUAUGGACUACUUUUAUUAUACUUUUAUGGUGCUUUUGUGUCCUUUAUGAAGCUUGAAAGCUCCAGUCCCCAUUCAUUGUAAUUUCAUGUGGAAAAAAGGUCUUCAAAACAUCCUCUUUUGUGUUCUGUGGAAGAAAGUCAUUCAGAUUUGGAAUGACAAAAGGGUGAGAAAAUAAUGGCAGAAUUUUGGGAUAACUACUUCUACAGAAACCAUGUGUUUUGAUUUAUUUUUAUAAAAACUUGUUUAGUGGUCAAAUCAGCAAGUGUUAAAGUUAGGAAAUGUACAGUGUUCGAAAGAGUCGUCGAGACAGACAUGUAAGCCACCUCAGCACUAAAGCAGACAGGGUUGGGGAGUAACGGAAUACAUGUAACGGGAUUACGUAUUUAAAAUACAAAAUAUAAGUAACUGUAUUCCACUACAGUUACAAUUUAAAUCAUUGAUAAUUAGAAUACAGUUACAUUCAAAAAGUAUUUUGAUUACUGAAGAGAUUACUUUGCAUUUUAUUGUCAUUUGUUUCAUUUAAUAUUUAAUCCUUUCAGGUGGAAAACAUUUGAACAGCGGUGAAACACUUUCUUAUGAUGUGUUACACUCAUAUGAGCAGACAGAGAAUUAAGUUUGAAGUAAGUUUGGUGCAGAAGAAAUAGAAAUAAACCUGGUGUAAAUUGUCAGCUUUACGCUAAGCUAAAAUGCUAUUUCUAGCCAUUUUACAUGCACGUUACCAGGCACGAUCAUAUUUUUUUAUUAAGAAAAUUCACAUUGGAUUAUUAUUCACAUAAUUUCUUUUUUUCUAGUAAGACCUUUGAUAUUAGGGCAAAAAAUCAUAUUCUUGAUAAUAAUUUUUGUAUUGUUUUCCUGUAAAAAUAUCUAAAAAUCCUUAAAACAAGAUCAAUUUGAUUUAUCUUGUUUUAGAAACAACACUGCAUAAGAUAUUUAGGUAUUUCAGAGAAUGUAUUUUUAACGUGUAUUUUGUCUUACUGUACUGGCAGAGAUUUUACAGUCAAAACAAGUGAAAAAUCUACCAGUGCUGAAGAAGUAAUCCAAAGUAUUUAGAAUACGUUACUGACCUUGAAUAAUUUAACAGAAUACGUUACAAAUUACAUUUUACAGCAUGUAUUCUGUAAUCUGUAGUGGAAUACAUUUCAAAAGUAACCCUACCAACUCUGAAGCAGAUCUGUCUCAUUGACUCAUGUAUGAGAAGUGCAAAGCUAGAACUGUCCAGGAUUACCAGAAGGUUAAUGAGACAACUGGCUUUAUUUGAAUUAGUCAAGAUAAUCAUUAUCAGAUGACAUAUUUGAAUGCUUUACUUGAUGGCAGUGAGACUAUGGAUUAUGUGUUCCCAUAGCCCUCAGAGUUUUGAGGCAAGUCUUAAAGGGGCAUAUUACAGAAAUUACCUCAAGCCUUAAGUUAAGAUAUUAUCAGUUAAGUUAUAAUUUUUCACAAAUUCAUAUUACAAAUCAAAUCACUACACUUUUUAAAAGAUUUUUGGCAAGUUAGGAUGCUUCUGUUGUACUCUUUUCCGAUCUGUAAUUAAGAUAAGAUAAUGCAUUCACUCUGUUAUAGCUUUUGUCCUAAAUGAGAUCCUAACCCAAACUGCCAUGGUUACCAAGCAGAUAAGAUAGGAUUCCAUUCCAAAGUUAGGAUCUUUCUGUAAUAUGCCCCCUGAGGCCUUGUAACAUUCAAGGAACAAUGGAUGGAAGUACAAGGAAGGAAAUCACUUUGUACUAAUGUGUAUUAGAUAUCCGGAGAGAAUGAAUAAAUAAUGUUUGCAAUACUGGCAGGUGAGAAUGUUUUGUUAGUAAAAUUUCUUUUUCUUUCUUCCUUUUUAUUUUUAUUUUUAUUUAUUUUUUAUAUAUAUUUAGAAUAUGAAUAAAAGGUUGUCAAAGAUAAAAUAGAUACAGUGUUUAACUCCUGAGCCAAGGUCUUGUUUAUUUGUCUUUCUCAUUACAGUCAUUAUGUUUUAUUGCAUUGCAAUAUGCAAUGAAAGCUUUACUUUGUUCAAUGCUCUUAAUUUGACUGUUGUACAAAUCAUUAGAUAAAUGUGUCUGUUUUUGUAAAAUGGAUGUCUCUGAAUGGUGAUUUUCUUUUUGCAAUGCCUAUAAUAUGUUCACUAAGACCUUAGAAUGCUAGUGAAAGUGUCUUGUAUUUAUAAUACAAUGAUAAUACUGAAUAAACAAGUUUGAAUAAAAUAUUC